AUGAUUAGUCAUCAUAUACCACAUCAUGAUGUUACAGAUGAAGAUCAAAGACAAUAUAAUAAAAUAUUUAAGGAGUUCUUAUUCAACAUUCCUCACAAUAUGAAUCCAUUUGCACCACAAAUGGAGGAUAAAAAGUCAGAGUUUAUUGUGGAAUAUCAUUGGAGAAGUACUUUACACCCAAUUCCAACGACAGCAAAUACUUUAUAUAUAUGUUUUAAUCAUCCAAUUCCACCAAAUACCAUACCAAAUAAUAUUAUUAUUUUAUGUUUUUUAUGUGAAAAUAAAACUGGUAUUAGUAAGGGUCCAGAUUUCAAUCAAAAUAUUGACCCAGGAGUUAUUCCAAACUCUGUUCGUUAUAUUUAUUUUAUUAAUGGGCAGUAUAAUAAACCAUUAAUGGCAGGUGCACUUCCAAACUCUGUAGAAUAUUUAUUCCUUAGUGAUGGAUUCAAUCAACCAUUCAAAGUUGGAGAUUUACCUUCAAAUUUAUGUAUUUUAGAGACAGGUGACGAAUUUAAUCAACCAUUUGAUGCAGCAGCACUUCCACCAACAUUAAAAAGUUUAUUUUUAGGUAAAGGAUAUAAUCAACCAAUGGACUUUGCUCAUCUAAUAAAUAUUACUUGUUUAGUUUAUGAUGAAGGAUCCAUUUCAGAACAUCCAAUUAUCAGUUUGCCACCAAAACUCGAAUUCCUUUUACUACCAGAUAGUUUCAAUCAUUAUAUCCCAGUUGGUCUAUUACCAAAGACUCUUAGAACUCUUACCUUUGGCGAUACUUUUAACUCACCAAUUGUACCAAAGAGUUUACCAAAUUCAUUAGAAAGCAUUAAUCUUGGAAAGUCAUACAAUUUACCAUUUGACCCCAAUGCUCUUCCAAAGUCUUUGAAAUCAAUCUCUUUUCAUCAAUACUCUGAAUUUAAUCAUCCAUUAGAGAAUAUUCCAAACUAUGUUCAUUCAAUUGAACUUGGUCAACAAUUUAAUCAACCAAUUACCCAACUCCCAUCUCACUUACGUUAUAUGAAAUUUGGUCAAAAGUUUAAUCAAAAUUUAGAAGGUGUUUUACCAUCAAAUCUCACUCAUCUCUAUUUAGGUGUCCACUAUAAAAAAUUAUUAACUCCCGGUACUUUACCAGAAUCUUUAAAGGUUUUGGUAAUGAACGGUUAUACUAAAAAAAUUCCUGCAGGUGUUAUUCCUCCAAAUUGUAAAUUUACAAAAAAUCCAAAAGCUACAAAUUGUUCAGUAAUGUAA